GUGCCUCUUGGGGCUGCUUCCCUAACAAAUGAAAAAAUAAUGCCCUUGAACCAGGAAUGAAACUGAACUAUCUAAGGAAAACACUGUGAGCAAACACUGAGAGCCGAGGGAAACCAUCUGAUUAGACGAGCUCCCCUCAGGUGCGAUUUAGGUGCACACCUUCCGCAGCAGGAGGGCGGCAGCUUCUCUGAGGCGCAGCCACAGCGCCGGUGGGCUGGGGCCAUGUCCACCACCACGCUCCAGGUGGUGGGGUUCCUCCUGUCCAUCGUGGGCCUGGCGGGAUGCAUCGCCGCCACGGGGAUGGACAUGUGGAGCACCCAGGACCUGUAUGACAACCCAGUCACCUCCGUAUUCCAGUACGAAGGGCUCUGGAGGAGCUGCGUGACGCAGAGCUCAGGGUUCACCGAGUGCCGACCCUACUUCACCAUCCUGGGCCUUCCAGCCAUGCUGCAGGCGGUGCGGGCCCUAAUGAUUGUGGGCAUUGUCCUGGGUGCCAUCAGCCUGCUGGUGUCCAUCUUUGCCCUGAAAUGCAUCCGAAUUGGCAGCAUGGAGGACUCCGCCAAAGCCAACAUGACACUGACCUCUGGGAUCAUGUUCAUCGUCUCAGGUCUUUGUGCAAUUGCUGGAGUGUCUGUGUUUGCCAACAUGCUGGUUACUAACUUCUGGAUGUCCACAGCUAACAUGUACACCAGCAUGGGUGGGAUGGUGCAGACUGUUCAGACCAGGUACACCUUUGGUGCAGCUCUGUUCGUGGGCUGGGUCGCUGGAGGCCUCACGCUAAUUGGGGGUGUGAUGAUGUGCAUCGCCUGCCGGGGGCUGGCACCCGAGGAAACUAACUACAAAGCCGUGUCUUAUCAUGCCUCGGGCCACAAUGUCGCCUACAAGACUGGAGGCUUCAAGGCCAGCACUGGCUUUGGGUCCAACACCAAAAACAAGAAGAUAUACGACGGGGGUGCCCGCACAGAGGAAGAUGUACAAUCUCAUCCUUCCAAGUAUGACUAUGUGUAAUGCUCCAAGACCCCUCGACGUGAGCAGAAGAAACCCUCCAAAGGGAGCUCACCCCCCAAACAAGGAGAUUCUACCUUGAUUCUCACUACUUUUGACUCACAGUUGGAAGUUAGAAAAGGCUUAAUUUCAUCUUUGGUGAGGCCAGAUGGUCUUGGCCACAUGUCUCUCUCUAAAUAUUCCAUCACAAAACAGCUGAGUUAUCAUUUAUAAAUUAGAGUCAAUAACUCACAUUUUCAAUCUUGUAUUUCUUUUUCUAAAUAUAACCUUUCUAAUCUGAUGAUAGAAUGUGUUUUGAAUUCCUAUCUGACACUUUGAUGAUUUAGACAGACUCCACCUUCUCCUUCUAGUCGAUAAACCCAUUGAUGAUCUAUUUCCCAGCUUGUCCCCAAGAAAAUUUUUGAAAGGAAAAAAGGAGAAUAGACCAAAAGACAUUAUUUUAUGCUGUUUGAUUUUUACCUCCCCCACCCCUAACUUGGCUACUAAUAAGCAUUAAUUGAAGAAGAAGUGAUAGGGAAAGAUACUUGUAAUCUCUCCAGCCUGUUAUCUGAGUUUUCGUACACUGUGAUCUUCAAUGUUACCAGACCAAAGUGAUUUUAGGUUUGAGGCAACCAAGCCUAUUGGCAUCUGCUAAUUCCAGCAAGACCAUCCCAGGGUUUUCUGAGCUCUCCACUGGAGUUCUCUUUCUGUCACAGGUCAGAAAUUGUCCCUAGAGAAAUGAGAAAAGGAUUUUUAUGUUUGUAAUCUAAGUCCUAGUCAUAGUUAGAAUAAAUAAUGUAUUAGUAAAAUGAUACAUUAUCUCUGUGAAUUAGCCUCACCCCUGCACAUAGAUAGAAAGAAAUGAAAAAAUAAUUGCUUCGUUAUUGUCCAUAUUGUACUUUGUAAAGUCACACUUAAGUUCAAAUUUGAUGAAAACUCAAUGAUCCUAAUUCUUCCCUUUUGAGGUCUCCACGACUCUUAUUGCACAUGAUAAUAAGUGUCACUCGUGUAAAAAAUAAAUAAUGGAACACUGCAAGUCCUAGGAAGUGGGUUAAAACCAGUUUAAAAAAAAAAAGUGAACCUAAAUUUAAUGUUAUGUCUCCAAGUGACCCAUGUCCACACUUGCAUGGUUACAAGCCAGUUGACAGUCACACUUGGCACUGUGACAGUUUUCUUACUCUGAGAGCUGUUCUCUUCAUUAAAUUGACCUAGAGCGGUCAGACCAUUGGAUGUUCAGGCAGAACUGAAAGCUCUUUGCAGCCACACACUUUCCCUGUCCUUACAUCACUGCCCUUUUGAGCAGAAAGCCAAAACUUUUUCCAAGAUUCCAGAAUCCCAUUCCAGCACCAAAGCCAGAAUAGGCCUCCUGGGAAACCUAGGUAAGAGCCAUCUCAAAAACCACCAAAUCAGGGAGCAGCACUGGCGCUGAGAGUAUUUGGCCAUUGGGUUAUUAUUUGGAGAAAAAAGUCCUUACAUCAAUAGUGCAUAUGAAAGCAGCCUUCAAAAGGAUUGGUGAAUAUUCAUAAGGGUCUUCAGGCUGAACCGACAAUCUGUAGAGAAAGAUCAGAUCAUGUCCCACUAAACAGUAAGGAGUUGUGUUCACCAAGAGCCAGAGCAGUAAACUCACAGAUCCUUCUCAUUGAAACAGUAAUGGUUUAAGGCCAAAUUUGAGAGGGCACUGGUGGAACUCAUUGCCUGAGAUGGGGUAAAGGGUGAACAGACAAAUCAAUUCAAGGAAAAAAUAAAGGAAGAGGGGUGAUGAGCAAUCUAGGGCAUUUAAGAGUCCUCGGCAUUUGAGCUGAAGGUCACCCAUUUGAGUUGAAGGCCAUGGGGCACAUAAGCUGUCCCUCCUACCACCAGAAAGUCCCCGGUCAGGUCUGAAGCAGUGAGGUGUGGCUCAGCUGGGCUUUUCAUUAGCACACUCUCUAUCCAAGACUUAAUUUUUUUACAGCCUCCAUAUAGUUAAAUUGUGCUUUGUAAUUUUGUUGUUGUUGCUCUGUCUUAUUGUAUAUGCAUUGAGUAUUGACCUGCAUGUUUUGUUACUUAAAUAUUAAAAACACUGUUAUCUUA